AUGAAAGAUAAGGGUAAAAGUGUUCAAGUUGAAGAUGUUGUUCAAGUGACUGAAAGGGCAAUUGUUCCAUCAAAAGUUCUUGAAUCGUCUAUUCCAGAUCCUUGUCCAAUAACUUCAGUACCUGGUGAAGAAGAUGAAGAAGACGAAGAUGAUAAUAUGAAAGAUGAUGCAGAUGAAGUUUAUUCUGUUCAUAGUGAUAAUGACGAUGAUGGAAAUGAUGAUGCUGUUAAAGGAAAUUCUGGUAUCAAAGUAACUGAAGCGUCACGUGAAGAGAAUAUUGAUGAUUAUCUUCAAGACAAUGCAAACGAAGAACCAGAAAAUGCAGGAGGAGAGGGGGAGCAUGAUGAUGCUGAAAAAGAUGAUGAGAAUGUUGAUCAGGGUACAAGUUUAAUUCUACAUCUUGAACAUGAUGUAGAAGAAGGAGAGAUAUUGCAUACUUAUACUAGAGCUGAGAUAGUUAAGAUGAUGGUUAUUGAAGAUAGUGAGUUUCACUUCAAUUUUGAAGAAGAGUUGAACAAGUUUGAUAUUAAUCAUCAACCUGAAUAUCAGUACAAGUAUGUUGAAGAAGCUGAUAACUAUGAUAAAGUGGAAGUAGAAGACUGGAGCGAUGAUGAUCAGUCUGAGAAUGUUAAUGUUGAUACUUCUAGCUUUCCAACUCUUGCAGAGUUAUUCAGUCAAGCGAAUGAGGAUGAGCUGAGAAGAAAAGUUGCUGAAAGUGUUAAGAAUAAAAGUUUUCAAGAAAUGUCCAAAGAAGAACAACGCGAAUAA